AUGACCUCGCCCUCGCUCCCACCACCAUCGCCGCUCAAUCUGCCAGAACCGGUGUAUGGGCACCGACGCCCUCCGUCGCCCCUGAGGAAGGCAACGACAAUCGACCCUAACACGGGCGAGAUCAGCGAGUCCGAAGAUGGCUCUGUGCACCAGUCGGAGGGUUCGCACGAAGGCAGGUCGUGGACACGCUCACACUCCCCGUCUCCAUCGGUUGCGAAGUUUGCGGCCAACAUUGCUCAGCGAGUAGGGUCGCUCGUGAACAGCGUGAGUCCUGGAUCGCGCACGAACGACCUGCCUACGGACGACGAGCUCGAGGCAGAGGCCGAACGACAACGAGAGUGGAGCAGGCGAGAGGCUGAGCGUAUUAUGCGCCAGGAGGCUGAAGACCGGCGGACUGUCGAGCAGCGCCAGCUGGUGGGCAGCUGCGAAGAACAAGCUGACGCCGACCAAGGAGUCCCUUACCCCGCACAGCAAGUCAUCCACGAAACCAAGGUCCGCGAGAAGGAGCAAGAGAAAGGAAAGAAGAAGAAAGAGAAGCAGAGGCAGAAGAGCAAGGACAGCGAUUGGCCAGCUGCACCCGAGAGCAAAUUCGAGGAUCCUGCGUUCAUGACACUAGGUCUCGCGGCCGCCUCGUCAGGUUUGACAACACCAGUGCGACCCAUAUCCGCCGCGCUAUCGUCUCCAGGUUCAUUCCAUCCGCCACCAAGUCUCACGGCGUCUCCCCUGCGCUCAGGCGACGGAUCUUCACAUGGACAGCCUAUCUACGCGCAGUUCAACGUUCAGGGCAGUCUUGACGUGCCGACUACACUAUUGACCAUCGCCAAGCGUUUCGAAAAACUGGAGAAAUGGACUGUUGGUCACGUCCGAGCCUUGGAGGAACGCAUGGACGACGUAGAGCGGUGGCUCGUGGAGAAGGAGAAGGAGAAAGAAACGGGCACGAAACCGAGAGUGAACGGAACAGACGCUGAAGGGGAAGGUGGCCUGAGUGAGGUUCGAGAAGAACUGGCAGAGAUGCAGGCCCGCGUGAGUGAGUUGGGUCGCGAGAUGGCCAAGCUCAUAACGGCGCCGGGCAACCUCGCCUCGGGCCCCUCCCGCAACUCUGCUGCCAUCGCGCGUGCGCCCUCUGCGACCUCGGCCGUCGCGGUCCGUUCCAUCUCUCAGAAUGUCGCUACGAGUCCAACAUCUACGCCACCGCGCGUAGCUGCAUCCGUCAGUCCACCCACGACCACUGCGGUGGGUUCCUCGCGGAACUCGCGAACGCGUCUUCCGUACCCUACAGGCGACUAUGCUACUCCACCGGACAGUACAAUGUUCGGACAAGGCGCAUUCUCACCUCCUAAUUCCCCUCCAUCGUCAAUCACCUCUGCCACUAGGCAUCGACACAUGUCAAUCUCCGGGCUGCCGGGGCAAGGCAUGGCCUCCGUCAGUAUCUCACCUUCUGGCGUUCCCGCGGAGAGUCGCCCAUGUCUGCUGCCAGCCCGCCGGCAUUCGCCGAUUAUGAAGCGCGGGUAUCGUGAGAGCUACGAGGAACGCGAACUUCCAGUCACACCUCACCGGCGUAGUCAAUCCAGAGAGAUCAGCACUGCGUUCUUCUCGACGUCUCCAUUGUCCACCUCGCCGAAGCCUGAUGCCGACGACUCGGACAGCGACUCGGGUGCCAACGAGGAGACCGUUGGCAAGUCAGCCGGGCGACGCUCCGGUAUUGCUGCAGCAGCCGCCUCGGAUGCAACAGACGACGAGGAACGAAGAUCACCGUCUGUUUCACCCAUCUCGACACCGUCUGCGAAGCGUGCACGCCCGCAGACGAUGUACGGCUCGCAAUUCUCGAUCGCUGCGCCGUCUCCUGUCACUCCCCUGAACGUCCGCCUGCGUUCGCGGUCAACCGACAGGUUUGGAUUGGGGAUAUCAGAUAGCAACGGCGCGCCCGUGCCCGCUACCCUCACGUCCAAGUUCGUGGACCCGCUGGUUGUGCGCCGACAAACAAAGGAUGCCUUGACGGGUGUCCAGCCGAACCCACCAAAGGUGAUGCCUGGGAAGCCCAGGGCACCUGUAGGAGAGUUGGUGGCUUUCUUCGAUCAGGAUAAGGCGUGAGGGUGUGUUUCUUGGACGUCCGGACGUUACGACGAAGUUUACAUUAUCACUCGCAUGCU